ACGCUCUUGCCCAAGGCCCGAAGCGCCCGCCCUGGUGUUGGUCCCUCCGUGCAGCUCGCCUCCCCGCUGGUUCGGGCACCAGACAUGGACCUGCAGCGGACCCCACGGGUGCUUUUCGAGGUGACCUCCUCCAACGAGCUCGUCUGCACUCCCCUGACCGCAGACAGCGUGCCUCGGGCCGCGCUCCGCCCGGCGGCGCAGGCCAAGGUCCCCCUCCCCCGCACGAGCCUGCGCCGAACGUGCGCCGAGUUCGAGGAGGCGUCUCCGCGGCUGUCCUCCCAGGAGUGCCUCGGCGAUCGCGCGGGCCCGACGCGGAGCGAGCCCGUAGGCCGCCUGACGUGUCCGUCCCCGGGGCAGGCCGAGGGCAAGGCGGGCAAGGCGGGCGCGAGGCUUCCCGCGGCGCCAGCCAGUCGCGAGGCCUGCAAGAGCAGCGUCGGCGGAACCCUGCCGAAGCUGGUCGUGGGCGGCGAGCGGCGUUGCGCAAGGGAUGCUUCAGUGAGGGCGAGGCAGAGGCUUUCCGGAUAUGCAGUCUCGCUCUAG